AUCCAUCUCUAUACUGAUGUUGAUGAUUUGGGCCCCCCUUUGGGUCAAUGUAGGAGAAUUUGCUUCUACUGUGACAACCAGGCUGUCAUUGCUAUUUUGUCUGCCAAGAGCUCCAAAAUUCCCUGUGUGAUGAACCUUGUAUGGUUGAUCACUUUUCAAACACUUAGUUUUAAUUUUACAUUUACUGCUGAGCAUGUCCCCGGGGUUAAUAAUGUCAUUGCUGAGUAUCUUGUUUCCAAAUACAUGUCACCGUUCUGCCUUCUUGCAUCAGACGCAUUGCCACCUCCCUGCUGUCCGAUCCCUAAAUUUUUGACCAAAGUUUAACCAUGCAAGCUGCUUACUAUUACUGCCCAGUGUAUUGCUGCCGCUACUAGUUGCACUUACUCAUCCGAGGAGUACCAUUUAUGCAAUUCUGCCUUUUCAACAACCUUAUUUCCUCUGAGAACCUCUUUUUACCUGCCGAGGAGUCCACCUUAAACCAUUUUGUCACCCACCUCUACAGCCUACUCGCUUUCUUAUGGCACCAUCAAAGUUUAUGGCAGCAGUAAAAAUUCUUCAUAUUAGGUUUAAUUGUCUCCAGGAUCUCCCCUCUAUAUCAUUUCUAUUUAAGACCUUGCAUGACAUUAAAUCUUCCUUUGGAAUCUCUAAGCUAUCGCACCUUCCCAUCACAGUUUCAAUCCUCCACCAAAUUCAUCUUGUCCUACAACCCUCACGGUGCGUGAACACAGAUUCUUCCAUGUUGUGGGCCGCUUUUACUGUAGCCUUUUUAUGUUCUCUGCAUAGUAGUGAAUUAACUUGUGGUGGCACUUUUGAUGCUCAGAUCCAUCUGACCAGAUUGGAAGUUUCCUUUUACCCUGACCUGUUACAACCUGAUUACUUCGAAAUUGUUAUAAAAAAGUCUAAAACGGACCCCUUCUGGGCGACAGCCAAGCUCACUAUAGCCAAAUCAAACUCACCCGUAUGUGCUGUUACUGCCUCAAGAGACUACUUCCAGACAAGAACACAUUCAGCUGCUCAGCCUCUGUUCCAGUUCUCCGAUGGCCAGUACCUUACCCGCUCUUCUUUUACUCAUAAUUUCAGGCCUUGCUAAUCAUUAAUUUGUGGAUUUGACAGUAUGCAAUAUGUAUCACACAGCUUUCGCAUAAGAGCUGCUACAACUGCGGAAACUGUGGGCCUCCCAGACUGUCUGAUUAAAGUGCUUCGUCAAUGGAAAUCUAAUGUAUACCACACAUACAUAAAGACACCUACACGUAAAGACACUAUACUCAGCAUU